AUGCCUAGCCACAAGUCCUUCCGCACCAAGCAGAAGCUUGCCAAAGCCCAGAAGCAGAACAGACCUAUCCCACAGUGGAUUCGGUUGAGAACUGGCAACACCAUCAGGUAUGAUGCUCUUUGCUGCGUUGGUAUGGUGGUUUUGUGA